UGACGUGUCGGCGAUCGGUGGCCGUGGUUUCGUGAUUCGUCGACGAAUUCCCAAUUAUUCAAUUAUAACACAAAUAUUCACAAUAACAAUUUCACAAUAUCCUGUUGCUGUAUUUCUAGUGCGUCUAUUGUGUUGUAAAGUCCCAAAAAUCUACGUGCUUGCGCACAAAACCGUUCAUCUCUCGACUGUUUGAGAGCAAUAAAUAUUUGUGUAAAAUAUUCGUGUCUGAGUAUUCUGUGAGAUGUUUACUGUUUGUGAUUUGGCUGGACGUAUCACAGAGUCAUACGUGUACUGGCCAUGGACGUGGUUUUGACGGAAUACCUGUGAAAUCUCGUUAGUUAGUCGGACUAGUAACUGUCAAGAUGCGCGUAAAUAUUCGUAGGUUGACGGUCGCUGGAGCACUUAUGGUGGUGUUCUGGCUGGCUGUGAUGUACUCCUCGGUCAUAGACGUGCCUGGGGCUCUCUCCAGCAAGAACAGUGUCCAGGAUAUAGAGAACAGGAUAGAUAAUCUCCAGAAACAGGUGGAGCAGCAAAUGACUGAGAGUAAUCUGCUUUUAGCAAGAGUUAAAGAACACUUGAAGGCCAAAUCUCAAGCGAAGGAGGAAGGCAAGGAUAUAAAGGACAACAAUGUGGAGUAUUCACUGAACAACCUCGUGCUCCCAGUUCUGCUCAUCGCCUGCGACCGAGUGACCGUCAAGCGCUGCCUGGACAACCUGGUCAAGUUCCGGCCUAAUAAGGACAUGUUCCCGAUCAUUGUUAGCCAGGACUGCGGCCACAACGCGACCUACCAAGUGAUAAAGAGCUUCGCAGACGACGACCCCACCAUCACAGUGGUCCAGCAGCCUGACCAGUCGGAGAUCCCGCUCCCUCGGGUCAAGGUCAAGUUCCGAGGGUACUACAAGAUCGCCAGGCACUACCGGUUCGCGCUCAACCACGUCUUCAAGACUCUGGGGCAUGAGGCCGUGAUUAUUGUCGAAGAUGACCUGGACAUAUCGCAAGAUUUCUUCGAGUACUUCCUCGGCACGUAUCCGUUAUUGCUCAAAGACCGUAGCCUGUGGUGUAUAUCGGCGUGGAACGACAACGGCAAAAAGGAUGUGAUCGAUAUGUCUCAUCCAGAACUGCUGCACCGCACCGACUUCUUUCCCGGGCUCGGCUGGACCCUGAGAAGGGAGACCUGGCUCAAAUUAGAGGCUAAAUGGCCCGAAGCAUUCUUCGACGAUUGGCUCCGAGAUCCCCAAAAUACUGAUGGACGGGCUUGUAUCAGGCCAGAAGUCUCCAGAACUUUCACAUUUGGAAAGAUCGGUGUAAGCAAGGGUCUGUUCUACGAUAUGCACCUGCGUGCGAUGCAACUCAAUAUGGAGUAUGUAGAGUUUACAGCGCUCAACCUUACCUAUUUGCUCAAGGAUAACUACGACGAAGCGUUAGCGUCAACAGUGCGAGCGUUGCCCGAGAUGACAGCAGAUGAGGUCAUAGCGCAUCCCGCAGGCGGCUCUCCGCCUGCCGUCAAAGUGACAUACUCCAAUGCACAGACGUACCAGAAGGCGGCCAAGAAGCUGGGACUUAUGGACGACUUCAGGAGUGGCGUCCCUCGCACGGCAUACCGCGGCAUCGUGUCCUGCUUCGUGCGGGGUCGCCGCGUGUACCUCGCGCCCAGUUUCCAGUGGACCAAAUACGACCCCACGUGGGGGUAGAAAAGAGCCUCUCGCGCUAGACUCGUCUCUAGGCGCGAGAAUGCUGGCAAAUAUGUAAUCAAUAGUGCACAUUGACUGGGGUGCAAAUACACCCCAUCGCGAAAAUGAUGUGAAAUAAACCAACAAUGCUGCAG